AGAUGGCGAGCGGCCCUGGCCCGAGCGCGGCGCCGUCGACGAUGAGGCUCGAGCAGGCGGUCGCGCUCUCCUACGAGGCGCGCUGGCUCGUCGACCUCCGGGGGCGCGUCAUGCACGCGUCGCCGGCGGUUCACAUGCUCAUCGGAAAAUCGUUCGCCGAGUGCUCCGGCCGAAACAUGGCAGAGCUGCUGCUCCUGCCGGCGGCCCAGGCGGCGCAGAUCGAGCAGUGCGUCGCCAACGGGACGCCGUUUGUCGACAGGGUGCGGCUCCUCGUCGGCGAGUCACCCUUUCAGGCGGACACGCUGAUCGCCGGCCGGCCCGUCUCGUCGGCGGCCGACGGCCUCGCGACCCACAUGAGCAUCCGCCUCGUCCGCCUCGUUCCUCGCGCCAUGCUGCCUCCGACUCACCUUCUCGAGCCUUCUCUCGCGGCGCAGCUCCGAGCCAUCGUCAUUGCGCUCCCCGAGCCGCCGCAGCCGCCGCCGCCGCCGCUCGGCCGCGCGCGGCACGUGACCAUGGAGUGGGAGGAGUGCGCGGAAGAGGCGGUCUGAGGAUCAAGGAGAGGAGCACUCGAAGCACCCUGGAUGCACCCUGCCGACGCCGCGCCGGCAGACGGCUGCGCCGGGUUCGCUCGUGCUCUUCAUCUCGCGGCGGACAGUUUUGUCAGAUACGAGUACGGAACUCUAUACGGUAGUUACGGCGGAGGGUCGAGUCGAGACCAUGUGAAAGGUACAAAUAUGAUCGGUGUCUCUCUAGUCUCGACUCUGCGCUCCGGGCUUGCCCGCCCCGGUUGCCCUCAACGAGCGAGGUACGAGGCGAGGAGAGAGAGUCGAGAGCGGCAGCGGGGAAGAACUCACGCGCCCCCCCCGUGGACACCGGGGGGUACCAAGCGCGAGAGACCGGCUGUGAGCUGUCGACACUCCAGAGGCGUUGCCGGCCGCCGCAGCACCGCGCGCGGCGUCUGCGUGCGGAAGGACGCGGCGCGGAGAAGGGAGAGGAGGCCAGAUGAGCCGCUCCUCCGGGGAGAGGUUGCCCUCGGCAAGCUUCGUCUCCAUCACGUACAUCUUCAUGUGCUCGAGCAUCUUGCUCUCGCCGGGCGCCAAAUCCGUGCGGCUGCGUGC